UCGAUUCAUCUAUUGCAUAUACCCUCCCGCAUUUUCUCCACUGAACAAUAAAUUUUUUCUCUACCAUGACUGUUGGCUUUGACGAAGAACUUCCCCAGGACGUCUAUGAUUUCAACGAAAUCCGCAAGAAGUUGUCUUACCAGAAGACCGGCAUUGCUUCUGAACUGAAACCGGCCCCCGUCGUGCAACAUCUUCCUUCCUUUGAUGCUCAAGGCAAGCCUUGUUUCAAGCCGUAUGUUGGGUCUGGAAAAUUGGAAGGCAAGUAUGCGUUGAUUACCGGUGCCGACAGUGGGAUUGGCCGAUCCAUCGCUACUCUUUAUGCCUUGGAAGGUGUGGCCGGUAUCACCAUUGUGUAUCGUGAUGAACGAGAAGAUGCCGAUGCCUUGUACACCAAGAAUACGAUCGAAGCUCAAAGCAAGUGCAAGAUCAAUCUCAUUGCUCGCGAUAUUGGUUACGAGAAGAACUGCCAAGAAAUUCUCGAUUCUCACAUGCAAGCAUUUGGUCGCAUCGAUAUUUUGGUGAACAACGCUGCAGAACAACACAAGGUUUUGAGAGUCGAAGAUCUCGAUUGUGCCACUGUUGAACGUACAUUCCGAACCAACGUCUUUGGACCGAUCUUCAUGACCAAGCUUGUUUGCCAGCAUUUAGUGGCCGGAGGAGUGAUUUUGAACACGGCUUCGAUUGCUGCUUAUCGUGGUAUGGAUCUGCUGGUUGAUUAUUCUGCUACCAAGGGUGCCGUGGUGUCAUUCACUCGAGCCUUGUCGCAGCAAUUGGCUCCUCGCCGCAUCCGUGUCAAUGCUGUUGCACCUGGCCCUGUAUGGACGCCUUUGAUUCCCAACACCUUUUCCGAGGAAGAAAUUCACAAUUUCGGUUCUUUCCCGCCCUUCAAGCGUCCUGCUCAGCCCGCCGAAGUAGCUGCUGCCUUUGUGUUCUUGGCUUCCGACAGCGCAUCAUUCAUCACGGGCCAGGUCAUCCAUCCCAACGGAGGCACCGUCAUCAAUGCAUAAGCCAUUCCCAUUGUUGUAUUUUUUCAUUAUUCAAUAAAUGUCAGAGUAUCGCCCUUUGUUUUCCUUCACCUGUUGAAAGUCAAAAUGACCCUCGCAUCUUGCUGCAUGUUCAAUGCUUGUUUCAUUGUUACACUUUAUGCGUCUAUAGAAGUUUAUUUUUCCUUUAACAGCAUGAGGCCGACGGAAAAUUCUCUAAUGG